GUCAGCUUGAGGAUUUGGGAAACACAGGAUCUGCUGCUGCAGAACUCAACACAAAAAUGUUUUCUCAAAUCUUUCUACGUUCUGUCAGCAGCUUUUCUACCAUUGCACUUGAUUUCCUUUCUAGGAUAGUACGCCGGAUCCCAGUUUUGAAGAAGUACAUGGAAAAUACUCAUCAGAAAACAGUGAUCUUUGCUCAGGGGAAGAGUCUUCCAUGCAUUGCACUGCUUCUAACCACGGUGGAAGAGACUCCGCAAGUCAUCUCAGCUCGAGUCCAGGGACAUCUUCCUGAGUGGCUCAAUGGCUAUCUACUUCGUACUGGACCUGGGAAAUUCGAGUUUGGGAAGGAUAAGUACAAUCACUGGUUUGAUGGAAUGGCUUUACUUCACCAGUUCAAGAUGGAGAAGGGCACAGUGACAUAUAGGAGCAAAUUUCUACAGAGUGAUACAUAUAAAGCCAACAGUGUUCAUGAUCGAAUUGUGAUCUCAGAAUUUGGCACAUUAGCUCUCCCUGACCCAUGCAAGAAUGUUUUUGAACGUUUCAUGUCAAAAUUUGAAAAGCCUGCAAUUACUGACAACACCAGUGUCAACUAUGUGCAAUACAAGGGUGAUUACUACCUUAGUACGGAAACCAACUUUAUGAAUAAAGUGGACAUUGAGACCCUGGAAAAAACAGAAAAGGUUGACUGGAGGAAAUUUAUUGCUGUGAACGGAACAACUGCACAUCCUCAUUAUGAUCCAGAUGGAACAACGUACAACAUGGGGAACUCCUAUGGGAAACAUGGUUCCUGCUAUAAUGUUAUUCGGGUUCCUCCAGAAAAAUCUGACCCUGGGGAGACAAUCCAUGGAGCCCAGGUGAUAUGUUCUAUUGCUUCUGAGGAGAGGAUGAGACCUUCUUACUACCACAGCUUUGGAAUGACAAGGAACUACAUCAUCUUCAUUGAACAGCCUCUAAAGAUGAAUUUGUGGAAAAUUAUCUCUUCUAAAAUUCGAGGAAAGCCCUUUACAGAUGGAAUAAGCUGGGAACCCCAGUAUAAUACACGAUUUCAUGUGGUGGAUAAGCAUACUGGUCAGCUUCUUCCAGGGAUGUACUACAGUAAACCUUCUUUUACUUUUCACCAAAUCAAUGCCUAUGAGGACCAGGGCUGUGUUGUCAUUGAUUUGUGCUGUUACGAUGAUGGAAGAAUUUUAGAAGUCUACCAACUACAGAAUCUUAGGAAAACUGGGAAAGAGCUUGACCAGGUCUAUAAUUCAGUAGCCAGAUCUUUCCCUCGACGGUUUGUUUUGCCCUUACAUGUCAAUUUGAAUGCCCCUGAGGGAGAGAACCUCAGCCCAUUGUCCUAUUCUUCAGCGAGUGCUGUGAAACAGGCUGAUGGAAAGAUUUGGUACUCUUAUGAAAAUCUAUAUCCUGAGGACCUAGAAGAGGAAGGAGGUAUUGAAUUUCCCCAGAUCAACUAUGGCCAAUUCAGUGGCAAAAAGUAUCAGUUCUUCUAUGGCUGUGGCUUCCGGCAUCUGGUGGGUGAUUCUCUGAUCAAGGUCGACGUGGUGAACAAGACGCUGAUGGUUUGGAGAGAAGAUGGCUUUUAUCCUUCCGAACCUGUUUUUGUUCCGGUACCAGGAGCCAAUAAAGAAGAUGAUGGGGUCAUUCUUUCUGUGGUGAUCACCCCGAACCAGAAUGAAAGAAAUUUUCUCCUUGUCUUGGAUGCCAAGAACUUUGAAGAACUGGGCCGAGCCGAAGUGCCUGUGCAAAUGCCGUAUGGGUUCCAUGGCACCUUUGUGAACAUCUGAUGGAACAGCCACAAGCUCUGAUAACUAGGUUUGAAUGAAUGUGCUCGCUACAUAAGAGAGAGCAAAAGUGUACCUUACCUUCCAAACAGUAGACAUCUGCUUUUAAAAUUUCUAUUAAAAAUUGAAUUCAUGAGAUAA